AUGCGGGGCGAAGUCUGUGUGUGUCUGUGCUCCGCUGGCGGCUGCGCUGCGCUGCGGGGUGGGGAGAGGGGGCGGUGGUGCAAACUGGCGCCCACACACGCUCUGCAUGUCUCGCCGCUUCUCUUGUCUCUUCUCUGGUCUUGCGCCCUGGCUCUGCUCGACGGAGGGCCGCCCCCCUCCUUCACAGCAGUGGCAAUGAUCGGCCGUACAGUUGCGUGGGCGUCGCAGCAAAAACCGGGGCGUGUGCGUCGCUUGGACGGCGCAAGCGUGCGGCGUUUAUUCCCGCCGAGCCAAAUCGCGCAGUGGCCGCAGGGUUACCUCCCCGCGUGCGGUGUGGCGCACUUUCUUCAUCCCGACGGUGUGCCGCUCCGCGACGUCAUUGAUUGCUACCAAGACAUGAAGGCCGAUCAGCGGCACGAGCUUCAGCGCGACUUCGCCGCGGACUACACCUUGUGGUGCCGUGGGGCACUGAGCGACUUUGUGCGGCGCCUAGGCGACCGUGGGCGGCGCCGUCUCCGCCGCUACACGGCACGAGAUCGCGUCAUGCACGACGCGGAAGUACGCGAGUUAUUUGGCCUCUGCCCGUACGCCCCACCGGAUGCGGCGACUGGGCGGCGUUACGAGUUCACACCCUACGCCACGACGCAGACGUACGCGAUGCUCCCCGUCUCUCGCUGUGAGGGUCCUGGCGCCAGGCUGCACUUCACGGCCUUUCCGCAGAUUCGUAACGUCAUGCACACAGAGUUUGAUAGCAUGGGUCCCUCCCGCGCCCUGUCCCUGCUCAGUGGGGAUGAUCUUAUGCCCACUGCGGAGAUGGUGCAGACCCUGGCCUUUUACCUGCGCCGUCGCGUGGAGGAAAUCACCACCGGUGAGGCGGCGUUUCGUCGCUCCGCCAAUAAAAGCCACAACAGUCACACCAGCGGCGCUUCUGACGGAAGCGACGACAGUGAGGCGCAUGCAUUUUCAAGGGGAACGCCCGUUGCCUGCUUCUUUGGUAAUGGGCGGCUACCAUGGCUGCUAAAUAACAGCGAAAUCUUGCCCUUUCGGGUGCUGUCUUUGCAACCGCCCUCGUACGCCGUGCGACGUGAGCGACAGCAAAAGCACCUUCUCGCUCACAAUGGAAUAUUGGCGGACUUGACAGAAAGAGGCGUGGUUUCCAAGAGCUUCAGCACUGUGUUUCCCUGCGAAUCCAUCUCUGUCCAGGCGGCGUUGCGGAGGUACCGUCCUUGCAUCGCGUUGGUGGAGCCGCAUGUGGAUCGUGAUUGGUUGUGCGACCUGCGCGGCUUCUACUCGGUGCGGGAGGUAGUGCUGCUUGGACCAGUCGAUUCCCCUGCAAUGGGCUCCUUCGCGUUUCCGUUCCUCUCCUUUGGCGUCACGCCCGGUCCAACAACGUACUGGACAUAUGGCGACACGCUGCAGCGGGUGGCCGCCGCGAACCGAAUUCAGAUGCCAAUGGAUCCGCCGUACGCACUGCAGGGGUACACCCGCCAUGCGCUGGACGAUGUCUCGUCGUACCUGCUGUCACCGAACGACUGCACCGCGUUUGGGUGUCAAUAUCGUUCGCUGAGUUUUCUGCGCAGCGUGUUCCCAGUCGUGGGCAGACGCCCCGCAACGUCUCCCACAGCACCCGCCACCCUGCAACAUGGGUGA